AUGCACACUGGUGUAAAUUACAUUUUGUUUGAAAACUUAGAUUCGCACUUUUCUAAAUACAGAGCUAUUAUGUAUGAUGAUGAUAAUAGUAAUCCUCGUAUAUACAAUGAUGAAUGUCAAUUCAUGCAAAAAGAAAAAAAUGAAGAUGAACAAUUAAAUUAUAUAAAUAAUAAAUGUUUCAAUUGGCUUCCAUAUUUAAAUUCUUUGCGCUUUGAGAUUAUACAGACAAAUCUUAUAAAAGGAUUACAAUAUAUGUAUUAUUGGAUAUAUACGGAUAGUUCCACGCAUGGAAUAAGUAAAGAACAACUCAAAGAACUUUAUAGAAAAUUAAUAAAAAAAUACCAUGGUACUAGUUUUGGCAAAGCAGCUAAGAGACCUCUUUUUCCGGAAGAUAAUGAAGGAGAGGAAUGGGAAAAACUCAUAGAUAUAUGUGAUUUGCAUAAUAAGUAUAAUCAAUUAAAGAAAUCUUUAUCUGAACCUUCUAAAGGAAAAGAAAAAUGCAAUUAUGCCAAUGAUUGUUCUCAUAUAUAUAUGAAGUACAUAAAUAAAUGUGAAUCAAAUCGUGAUAGCUAUUUUUGCAGUGCAUUUAAAAAUAUUCGAACUGAAUUUAAGGAAUUAAUGUUAAUUCAUGGUUGUGAUAAUAUUAAACCUCAAAAUGUACCGUUAUUGAAUCUUCAAAAGGAAGUUAUUAUUUCAUCUAGAAUUAAUAGAUCAGCUACCAUUAUAAUAACGAUUCUUGUAAUGUUUCUAAUCCCAUUUUUUCUAUUUGUUAUAUACAGGUUCACCCCAUAUAAUUCAUAUAUAAACUGUCGAAUGAGGGAAUUAAUAAAUAAGUGGAAUAAUAUGAACAAAAAGUGGAACAUAUUGAAGCCUUCAGAAAUGUACAAUGACGCUUCAAGAAGUAAUAGAUAUAAUCUACUACACCAUUCGGAAUAUUUUUAUAAUUAA